CACAUUUUUGUUAUUGGCAUUGACAGAGUGAAACAGUUGAAUUUGGACUUAUAGGUCAUGGGCCUACACAUAGGCCUAUAGCCUACUGUUAUGAUACUUUUUGCAGAUUAAAUUUCAUCUUUGUGGUGUGACAUGUUAAAUAUGCUUUUAAAAUAAUCUUCUUAUGAGUGCCAGUAGAUCAUGUACUGACUCCUGCAUUUGUAUUUUGUCUUUUAAACCACAUCUGAAUGUGUCUUUGGGUUCUUUGUUUCAUGCAGGAACUUUUCUUGUACAGUCUUUUAAAAUCCCAUAUUACAGGCCCACACUACAGUUUGGUCUUUUGACAUCAUUUCUGGAAAUAGUAAAGUUGUAGCUCUCCAAAGACACAUCUGUAAUAAGCCUUUAAAGAAUCUCAGCAUGUUAUUUCAGCUGCAGGAUUAAGUCUUUGGGUCUGUAAAUACAGGGAGAUCAUUUGUUUCCACUGCGAACAGAAGUGUCUCCAGUCUUCUUGAAUCUUGACCCGUUUUAAAGGAAACUCUGAAACCCUCAGUGGGUUAUCUGAUCCUCACUGGCAGCUUUUUUUCGCCCACUUCAGCCUAACAUGCGCAUUUUUUUUUUUUUUUUUUUUGCAGCGUGCAGGCGCUUUGACGCGAGUAACAGCGUUUGGUUACUCGUCUCCAUAAGUGCGUGUCAGCCUGAUGCAUAUCUGUGCUGUCAGCCGCGGGAAAGGUGGAUCCUCCACUACAAGCCAACACCUCUUAUCCUCAUCCUGUCAUGCGUGUAGCAGCGCAGCUCCGUCCAGCUCCAUCCCUCUGACUGCUGCUGCCGCUGCUGACAACGACACUCCCGCUCCGCCUCGCCUCUCCGCACACGCACUUGUGCGUCGUGGAAGAUACGCUGCGUCCGACAGAAUGAAUGGCUACGGGUCGCCUUACCUGUACAUGGGGGCUCCGGUGUCUCAGCCGCGGGCUCCGCUCCAGAGGACCCCCAAGUGCGCGCGGUGCCGGAACCACGGCGUGCUGUCGUGGCUCAAAGGUCACAAGCGCUACUGCCGCUUCAAGGACUGCACCUGCGAGAAGUGCAUCCUCAUCAUCGAGCGGCAGCGCGUCAUGGCGGCGCAGGUGGCGCUCCGGAGGCAGCAGGCCAACGAGAGUCUGGAGAGCCUCAUCCCGGAGUCCCUCAGAGUGCUGCCCGGCAUUGGCAUGGCCGGAUCCGGCGAGGGGAACCAGGAAACCCCGCCGAGGUCAGAGGAGCUGGAGCUGCGGUGGAGCAGCACGGAGCCGGUGCAGGCCGGAGCACAAACAGAGCCGACAGAGGACGGCCCCGAUGAGGCGUCGGGAGGCGAGAACGGGGGGAGCUCCAGUGAGAAGGAGCAGGACCCGGUCAGCUCCCCAGAGGAAUCCAAACCGAACUCCUGCUACACCCCGGAGCCUCCAGAAACCCCCUCCCACCCGGAGGAGACCCGAUACAGCCUCCCCAAAGCCGGCAGCGCUGAGAAGGAGGCCAAGGCCGAGAGUCCUCACAAGUAUCCCGUCAGCCCCGGGGAGCAGAGCGUGCUGAUCGAAGGCCUCGCCGGCUCCAUCAACCUGCCCUUCAGCCUCCGAGCCAACAGGCCGCCGCUGGAGGUCCUCAAGAAGAUCUUCCCCGCUCACAAGCCUCCUGUGCUGGAGCUCAUCCUCAGAGGCUGUGGGGGGGAUCUGGUGGGGGCCAUCGAGGUGCUGCUGUCCAGCCGGAAUUCGGACGGGAGCGCGCACACGCACGCCGACCCGCACCCGGACGCCCUAGUGCUGCCUUCAAAUGGACACCUGUUCGAGCACACGCUGGGCUCCUACCACCCGGUGUCCUCCUCCGCCAAGUGGUCGGUGGGCUCCGCUUUCCGGGUGCCCGAGUCGCUCCGCUUCACGUCCGACUCCGCUUCGGGCGUGGUUUCCACGGGCCCGCUGGGUGUCCCCCUGCAGCACCCGUCCUUCCCGCAGCCCACGCGCUACCCGCUCAUGCUGCGCAACUCUCUGACGCGCAGCCAGGCCAGCCCCUUCGUGCACAACGACGUGACUCUGUGGAAUACCAUGGCCCUGCAGCAGCAGUACCAGCUCCGGUCAGCGGCCCAGUACGUAUCUCCGUUCUCCCCCGCAGCCCCCGCCGGCCCCGGGGGUUCCGUGUUCCGCAGCUCCCCCAUCCUCACCUCCAGACCCUCCGAGGAGCAACGCAUCAGCAUCCAGGAGGAGAGCUGCACGCUGGGGCCCAAACCCGGCCUCUACUCCCCGGAUGAGGAGUACGAGGAGCGGUCUGACUCCGCAGACUCCCGCAUCCUGAGCUCAUCCACCUAAAACACAUGCUGAUGAUGGACUAACGCAGCAGGGGAGAACCAAAAAUAUUCUUCUGAAAGGACACCUGUGCGUGUGUGAGUGUGAGUGUAUGUGUGAGCGCGCGUGUGUGUAAGCAAUCACCCAUUGUCACGGUGAUGUUAAUCCUCCAACAUCACAUCACCCCUCGUGCUUUCAAGAUGUCCCUGGACCUGACCAAAACGGAUGAAUGUAACACAUUGUGAUCACUCUAUUAUUUUGAAAAUCCAUUACCUAUUUCCUGUCAGCAUGUUUAUUACUGUGAAAACUAUCGAUGUAAAGAUCACCACUGCAUGUUAUUAAGAGUAUGCCAAAUAAAUCUGAGUUGUCCAAAUGGA